UGCAAUAAGUUAAAAUGAGAAAAAAUAUAAUUGUCUCACUUUAACUUGUUGCACCAGUGCACCAGUGCAGCUAAAAAGAACAGGCCAAUUUAUACACUGCACUAUCUGUUCGUUCUGUGUUCUGUUCUCGUUCGAAAUGUUUACAUUGAUAUUAUUGUCGCUUUUUCUGCUGCUUCUCUUCAUCAUACGUAAAUUUUGCCUAAGAAAAUUUAAAUCUGGCAAAAAUGUUUGCGUUCUGGUGCUCGGUGAUGUCGGCAGAAGCCCGCGAAUGCAAUAUCACGCUAUCUCGUUCGCCCGGGAAGGCUUUAAUGUGGACAUUAUAGGUUAUCCUGGCUCGCCGCCGUUAAAGGAAAUCAGCGAGAAUGCGCGCGUGCGAAUCCAUUACUUGCGACCGCCUCCCGAGUUGCGAGAUAAAUUGCCACGUUUUUUCUGUUAUGUGAUAAAAGUGGUAUGGCAAACAGCUGAUCUCUCGUGGUUGUUACUUCAUAAACACAUAUCCGAUUCGCUGAUAACACAGAAUCCACCUGCAAUACCAACUAUUCCAAUUUGUUGGUUCUAUUGUACUCUAACAGAAGCACGAUUUAUAAUUGACUGGCACAAUUAUGCUCAUUCAAUCAUGGCAUUGAGUCUGGGAAAAAAUCAUUUUUUAGUUAGAUUAUCAAGAAUUAUUGAGACAACAUUUGGCUACAGAGCAAAAAAUAAUAUCUGUGUUACCAAAGCAAUGCAGCAAGAUUUGGAAAAGAAAUGGAGUAUUCGAGCAAAGGUUCUAUAUGAUAGGCCAACAGAUAAAUUCCAUCCAAUAACUCUGACAGAUAGGAAUGAAUUUUUACAUAAAUUAGCUGAAAAGUAUAAUAUAUCAAUACCUUUUUCAUCUGGUUUUAUAGUGUCUAGUACUAGUUGGACCGAGGACGAAGAUUUCUCAAUUCUGUUAAAUGCAUUACAAGAAUAUGAAGACGCGUGUGAAGAUGGCGAGUUAAACUUACCAGAUUUAAUCUGCAUAAUAACGGGCAAAGGACCGUUGAAAGAUUUCUAUAUGGCUAUCAUUGAUUUAAAAAAGUGGAAACAUGUUGAGAUAAAGACGCCAUGGCUUGAAAAUGAGGAUUAUCCUAAAAUACUCGCUAGUGCAGACUUAGGUGUAUGCCUUCAUACUUCAUCUAGUGGACUGGAUUUACCAAUGAAAGUUGUCGAUAUGUUUGGUUGUCGUUUACCAGUUUGUGCAUACAAUUUUAAUUGUUUAUCAGAACUAGUAAAGCAUAAUGACAACAGUUUGGUAUUCUCGGACGAGAAAGAGUUGGCUGAACAAUUAAAAAUGUGGUUUCAAGAUUUCCCUGAUAAUGAGACACAACGACAGUUGCGUGAAAAAUUUCAAAAAAAUAUGUUCAUAUCACAACAGAAUGAUAAUGAUUGGCACAGUAAUUGGAAACUCAACAUGUUACCUUGUUUUCAAGAGUAAUUUCUAGUUUUAUCUUAUAUUAUUUUUAAUGUAAUUUUUGUACAUAUAUACUUUAUAAUUUCCUAUGUUAUCAUUCGCAGUAGCAUAAAUUAUGAUAAUUAUGAUAAAUAUAUUAAGAUGCAUUUAUUAAUAUA